UCCAAUCAAGUUCUAGACACAUCUCAAGGAUAAUUAAAGUAAACGGGAUACACCUGACCACAAUUUGGAGUGCCACAGCAAAGGGUCUGUAACAGGAUGCACCUGACCACAAUUUGGAGUGCCACAGCAAAGGGUUGCGGCUGCAGAAAUGUCAUGCUUGGCAGGUGUUGAUGAAGAUGACAAAGAUGCAGAUUCUGAGAUGAAUGCUCUGACUUUCCUUCAAGAGCCAGUGAGAAUGGCGCAGGAGCCAAUCUCUUACAGUGACUCUUUUGGCAAGCCUUCUCCUCUGAAGCAAAACAAUGGUGUACUUGAUGUUCUGUCAGACACAGAGAUGUUGUCCCCGGUUGGCUUGGGAAAUGGACCUUCUUCACACCAUGCGACACAGGCCCAUGAUCUCAAUAGCUUGUGCACUGAGAAGGAGGAGGAAAAAAGCAUUACCCCGUUGAAAACGGUGCAAGAAAUAGACACUGCUGGAAUAUGGGGAUUUGAUGUGGAGUCACCUGAGAACUCAUUGGACAAUUUUAGCAGUGCUGGUGACGUUCAUUGGGACCCUCAUAAAGAGUUCAUGCAGUUUCUGUGGGAGAAUAAUGAUGAAUCCCCUGGUGAGGAGCCACCGGAGGAGGUUUCUCCUCCUGUCAGCCAAAGGAGGAGGAAACGGAAAAUGGACAUGGUAGUCAUGGUGGAUCCCUCUGACAACCUUUACCCUGAUCUGAGCCACAAAUCAUCUGAGGAGUCAUCUGAUGACAAAGACCAAGCACACUCCAUUCCCGUCAGCAAGGUGCGAAACCUAAGGAAGCAUUCCAACCCACAAUCUUCAGCAACAGGGAAGGUAUCACAGUAUCCCAAUGGAACUGUCAAGGCCAUCAAGAAAAUUCUAUACAAUACACCAACAAGAAAUUUGCAUGAGAACAGUAUAGGUCACAAGCUUUCUCCAUUAAAGGGAAGACUUUCAAUUAAUUCUUGCUCAGAGGAAAAGCCAUCAUGUUACCCUUGUUCAAAAUGCAAUCUCUCUUUCAAAAAAGAACAGCAUUUGCAACGCCAUAUGAAGUCUCACGUGGAUACUCCCAAUAUGUUACUAAAGCCUUUCAUAUGUCGGGAAUGUGGACAGUCAUUUAAACAGAGCUGCUCGCUCAUUAAGCAUAUGUCGGUUCAUCCAGAGAAGAGUGAGAGACUUGUUGAAGAGAAAGGUAUGAAUGAUAUGAAGGAGGAGAAUGGAAAUGCUAAACUGUGUUGCCCUCAGUGCCCAUUUGGUACAAACAGCCCAAACAUGUUUGUUCAACAUGCCAAAACACACAACAAGACCAAGCGAUAUUUUGACUGUGGCAUAUGUAACUUCAAGGCAGCAUCUGAGAAGGACCUUAGGAAACAUGAGAUUAGGCAGCACACUGUUAUUCCAGUUAAACAGAAAGACCAAGUUGACAAUGAUGAAUCGGGUGUUUUCUCCUGUUACAAUUGUUCUUAUAAAGCCUUUAGUAAAAAUGUUUUUAAAAAUCACCUUCAGCGUCGUCACCGCCAGUCUUAUGAGGAACACAAAGCUGCACAGAACAGUGAUAAAAUGGCACAACCACCUGUGAAGCAGCAGGUGCCUACUUCUAAAAGUCCAGUUGAGGAUUCAGAGUUAACAUCUAAAAUCUCAAUAAAAAGUCAGGUCAACACAAAAAGAGCUCAUUCACCCAGUGUUUCUAAUGAUAUUUCAGACCUCUUCAAAAAUGACAAGAUUGGCAACAAAGGUUUGAAGUCUCAGCUAUCAGAAUCAAAGCUUGACAAAUCCAUUAAUGUCCUAUUGUCCAGACAAAGAUAUGGCAAGAAACCUGAGGAGCAACAGAAAAAAGUGAACAGUAAUUGCAUUGCAUCUGCUCUGGACUCCAACAGCGACAAAAGUGACAGUAAUCAGUUGCCAAUAUUGUCCCUCAAGGCUGAAGAUACCAUUUCAUCCACAAAGUGUCGUAGACAGCCCUCAGUAUCCAAUCCUGACUCAAAUUGUGAGUUUGAUGCCAGUGCAGCUGAAAAAGACCUUAGCAGCAACAAUGUACCCAAGUCAAUCUUUGAACAGUCAGCCAUGAAAAAGUCACCCUCUAAGAGAAAAAUGUCUACUCCAUAUCGCAACACCACAGACCUGGACUCGUGCUUCAAAUUACCAAAACAUUUACCUAGUCCAAAGAGGCUAAACAUAGAGGAAAUGGAUGACUGUGAAGACAAAGACAUUUUUCAUUUCAAGGACACAGAUGACAACACUACUCUUUUUGACAGUAGCAUCAAGAAAGAAAACACACACAUUUAUACUUAUAGCAGAAGAAUGUCAAUGCGAGGGGCACUGCAGGCAUCUAAGAGGCUGUUCGAAAAAAUUAAUACUGAAGGGCAUGCUCUGAAUGAUGCAGAUAUUAAGGAAGAGUGCAUAGAAACGGAGGUCUUUAGAGAAAGCUUUGAGUCCCAACCAUUGUCUACAGAAGAACCUUUCUCAGAAGAUUUGACUAUGUUAGACCUGGAUCGCAAAACCUGUCCAUAUUGUCCUGCAGUUUUUGAGUCUGGUGUUGGGUUGUCUAAUCAUGUGAGAGGGCAUCUUCAUAGAGUUGGACUGAGUUACAAUGCACGCCAUGUAGUGUCUCCUGAACAGGUGGCUUCUCAAGACAAGAGGCCACGAAUUCGACGUAAGAUGUCAGCUAUCAGGCGAUUGGAAAGAGCAUUACAAAUGGAGUCUAGUUCAGAAGUCAUUAAGAGCACCCAUGCUUGUCCGUUAUGUGGGGACACAUUUGAUAACAAGACUGGACAGUCAAACCACAUACGAGGCCACCUGAAACGACUUGGUAAAAACAUUUCAACAAAGACAAAGUCUCCAUUGUGCUUACUCCGGGAGCUGAUGCGUGACAAGAAAGAGGUCCAUAGAGCACUUCAAAUUCUGGGCAAAAAACGGAAUCAUUUUCAGCUUGGUGCUUCCGCCAAGCUGGCCAGCACUGAUGGUUUAACACCCUCACCCAUUGAAAUCUCGAAAAAGAACAGUAUUCCAAUUGUCUACAGUGAUGCCAAACCACAGGUGCCCAAGUUUUCAUUAGCAGGAGUGGCAUCAGAAAAAAAACUAGAGACUAAGCUGGAAGUUAAAGGGGCAAACCUGAGUGCGAGUGCCUUGAUAGGAAUUCUAAAAAAGAGGAAGUGUCAAGAGGAUUCCAAAUUAAAGGGUUCCUCUCAUAUUUCAAAAAACACCUUAGCAGUUUCUUCAAACAGUGAGCACAGUACAGGAUCAAGAGUUGCCACUUCAUUGCCAAACUCAAUAUCAGAGAAAGGUGAAUUCAACAGGAAGGUUUGUAUCCACUGUAAUGCUACUUUCCACAGUGGAGUUAGCCUGUCCAAUCACCUGAGGGCUUAUGCAAAACGAAAAAGGACUGCUUUACUCGAAGGAACAACAUAUGACUGUAAAGCAAGGAGGCAACGUUCGAGGCCUGGCUCAAAGAAGAAGACACUGCCGGUACCACAAACUCCAGAGGAAAUUUACAGACUCACUUGCAGGUUCUGUGAUCUCGUCUUCCAGGGGCCGUUGUCAGUCCAGGAGGACUGGAUUAAACAUUUACAGAGACACAUUAUGAACACUGGUGUCCCCCACACUGGGCUAGGCAUGGUUGACGUGACUUUACUGCCCAAGGAUGCACCUACCCCCAAGACUGACCAAGACAGCUCUCUGACAGCAACACAUGCGGCCUCAUGAGGCCAGCAGAGACCGUUUUAAACUUCACUAGGCUGUAUGUGUAGGUACAGUGACGAGCCAAAACAUAAUGACCACCUGCCUAAUAGGCUGUUGGUCCUCCAUGUGCUGCCAAAAUAGCACUGACCCGCUGAGGCAUGGACUCUACAAGACCCCUGAAGGUGUCUUGAGGUAUCUGGCACCCAAACAUGAGCAGAUCUUUCAAGUCCUGAAAGUUGCGAGGUGGAGCCGCCGUGAAUCAGACUUGUCUGUCCAGCACAUCCCACAGAUGCUCAAUGGGACUGAGAGCUGGAGCACUUGGAGGCCAGGGCAACACCUUGGACACUUAAUCAUGUUCCUCAAACCAUUCCUGAACAAUGUGUGCAGUGUGGCAGUAUCCUGAUGAAAGAGGCCACUGCCAUCAGGGAAUACCAUUGCCAUGAAGGGGUGUACCUGGUCUGCAAUGAUGUUUAGGUAGGUGGCAUGUGUCCAAUUGACGUCCACAUGAACGGCCAGACCCGUCAUUUCCCAGCAAAACAUUGCCCAGAGUAUCACGCUCCCUCCACUGGCUUAUCUUCCCACAGUGCAUCCUGGUGCCAUUACUUCCCCAGUUAAACGGUGCACACGUACAUGGCUAUCCACGUGAUUGAAAAGAAAACAGGACUCAUCGGACCAGUUGACCUUCUUCCACUGCUCCAAGGUCCAGUUCUGAUGCUCGUGUGCCCAUUGUAUGCGCUUUCGACAGUGGACAGGGGUCCUCAAGGGCACUAUGACCGGUCUGCGGCUAUGCAGUGAUGCACUGUAUUGUCACACAUUCCUCCCAUAACCGUCAUUAAAAUUUUCUGACUUGUCUUCUGUCAGUUCGGACCAGACAGGAUAGCCUUUGUUGCCCUUGCGCAUUGAUGAGCCUUGAGCUCACAACACCCUGUUGCCGGUUUGUGGUUUGUCCCUCCUUGGACCACUGUCGGUAGGUACUCACCACUGCUGACCGGGAGCACCCCACAAGCCUUGCCGUUUCAGAGAUGCUCUGACCCAGUCGUCUGGCCAUAACAAUUUGGCCCGUGUGAAAGUCGCUCAGGUCUUUACUCCUGCAUCCAACACGUUGACGAGAACUGGUUGUUCACUUACCGUCUAAUCUACCCAGACCUUGACAUGUGCCCUUGUUUGGAGAUGAUCAACGUUGAGUGCUGUGAGUGCUCAUAAUGUUUUGGCUCAUCAGUGUACAUUGGAUGUUCAUUUUUUUCCAGUCAAAGAAAUAUCAGCCAAAAGUACAGCAUCACCCAACAUUGGAUAUAUUUUACACGUUUGGACGUUUGAGACAACAAAAAUUGAAUUAUUUUGGAUAAUGUUGUUUCUGCUUUUACAUGGUCCAUUUUUUUAGGAAUACAAUUCCAAAUGGACACUUUUUUUUUAUGCAGUAAUGUAGUGUGGAACCCAUUUCUAAUGAAGACAACUUUUACCUCAAGACUUCUCACAGUUUUAAGUCCAUUUUAUGUCCAGUUUGGGAGCACUGUUAUUCUUGUAUCAAUAUUCACAUUUAUAAUAUACAUAAAAUCAUGAUACGACAGUCUUUUCUUUCCUUUUUUUUUUUUUUUGUAUUGUGACAUGUUUCAGACCCAGACCGCAUAAUCCGUUUUCAGGGCAUAAGAGUUACUCAUAGAAACAAUUAAAAGUGAUAGCAGCUGAAAGCUACUACAGUAUGAUAUUAUGAAAUUAAGUGGAGUAUGAGAACAAAAGGAACAACUGUGUAUGCCAACUCGUUAAUGCAUAGAAAACGGUUUAUAUUUCAGCCACUGCGUUGAUUUCUAAUACAAACACUUGAACUGAGUGGUAAAAAAAAAAAAAAAAAAAAAAAAAAAAAAAAAAACACAA